CUUUUUCUCUUUGAUUUUUAGGAUUAAACCCACACCAUACAACAAAUUUCUCAUCCAAUUCUGCAAAGCCUUAAACCUUCUGCACACCACCCUCAUUCUCAUGGCCACCUCCACAAAUUUCCAACCACCAAAACUUGGAGAGUUUCUCCAGGAGCAGCAAGAGCCUUUCAUCUUAGAGGUCUACCUUUCGGAAAGAGGGCGUGUCAAAAAGGGCAUGAAUUCAGAAGCUAACAAUUCAAGCAACAAUAGAAAGAAAUUUCCACUCUUUUCCAAGGUUCUGAGAGCUGUAUACAGCAAGCUGCUGUCAAGAAACAAAAGCUCUGAUGAUAAACAUGCAAAGCCUAGGACUACCCAGGAAGUUGCAGAAUCAGAUAGAUUUUCCUCAACUAGCAGCAGAACGGUGUAUAACUCAUUCCCAGAAAGUGACACAGAAGAACCAUUAACGCCUGCAAACCAUUCCCAGUUUGUAAAGUUCCACGAUCAAAGAGGAAACGAGGCUGAUACAGAUGAGAAGUUCCAAUGGAGACGAGUGAAAGACAGCAAAGAACACAGCCCCACUUCGGUAUUGGAACCACCCUGUUCAAGAGGCUUCCCAAUUCAUAAUGAAACAGAGGAGUUUAUAUUCACAAAGUCAGCCUCGGAUUUACUCCAAUCCGCAACAGGGAAAUCCAAUUUUGCAGGAUCAAGAGAAUUACGAGAGCUUGUUUGGAUUAAUCCUCCGUCACACUCACAGUAUUUGAUAUCCAAGAAGGUUUUGCAUCAAACAAAGCAGCUUAUGUUUGAUUGUGUAAGGGAGCUGGUGGAGAACCGUAAGGGGAAAGAACGAAGAGGGUCAAAUUCUAAAGAAGUUUUAGGGGCAGAGGAGCUUCGGCAGCUCAUCUGGGAGAAGAUAAAGUGCUGGGGGAAACUGUCCAACAUGACACAGUUGUUGGAUUCAGAUUUCGUUCAUUCAUUACACGAAUGGAGCGAUUUUGAAUCGGAGAGAAGGGAUAUUGGAUUAGAAUUAGGAGACGCCAUUUUGGAAGAUAUUUACAUGGAAAUUGUAACAGACAUGAAUGAUCUCCAGGCUAGAAUGUAAAGGGUUUUCACAAUUACUUCAAUGGAAUAGAAAAAGUGCAUCAUAGUCCUUGGCACUUGCCGAGGUUCAAACCCUUGUGUAGUAAGAAAUUCCCCCAUCCCCUAUUUCUCAGUGUUCCACCAAAAAAGUUAAAUAAAUAAAUAAAACCCUUCUUAAAAU